GGCCGGAAUAGUAACUUCUGAACACUGCUGAUAUUCGUUUCGUUUAAUAGAAAGUUAAGAGGGAGUUAGUACUUCACCUUUUCAACACAUUAGUAUAACAAGAAAACACCGGGUAGUAUCAGACGCUUAAUGUUAAACAAAUUUUUCAACAACCACGGGUAUCAGAGAGCGGCAUGUGCGAAUAAAAACAAGAAGUCUUGCACAGAAGAGAGGAAUUACGGAUUAUGAAGUGAAUUACUAAAAAUGUUGUAAAGAAAGAUAUAACAACCACAAUAUAUGCAUUGCAAUAUAUUUGAUUUAUUGAAAAUUCUAUUGGAGUCAAUCGCGGAGAAUUUACGUGGAAGUUAGUAUUCGGCCCAAAAGAAUAAAAAAUUGUGUUUGUAAAUGUAUAAGCAAAAUUUCAAGAAGAAAAAAUAUUGAAAAGUUUCGUAUAAAAAUAAGUGAUAUCUAAGUGCUGUGAAACAAAUUUCAAUAAAACACAAGGAGACAAAAAGAUUAAAACACAAUAAAACCUAGGACUUGGACAAUUUAACAAAUUGAAUUAGCAACAACAACAAAAUUUAAAAAUCAAAUAUCCGCGCGACGUUUUAAUAAUAAUUAUUAUUAAAACACAGAAGAGUGCAACCAAUCUGCAUUUAGUAUUCAUACAAAUUUGUCAAAAUUGACGAAGUGUUUGAAGACAUACUCAUGAAAAUGGAAGUGCUGUCAGUACAAAAUCAAUUUCAAGGACAAUUCGGUGUUAUAGGCUCGAAUAAAAUUAAAGAUUGGACGAGUCCGCUAACACCACCUCGAUCAAGUGAUGAUAUUACAUCAUUACCAUCCCAGCGCAACUCACGUUUGUCCUCAUCAUCAGUUAAAUCAUCCUCGACAUCAUCAUCGCUAUCAUUGCCCUCAGCAGCGGCAGCAGCAGCUCGCGUAGCCAACUCAUCGCCAUCAACAAUGACAACCGCAGCAAGUGCAACAUCCAAUCCACCACAGUUCAUCACUUCAUCAUCAUUAUUAGGACAAGAUGAUGCAUCCUUGAAUGCUCUCUCACUUCGUCUUCAGGAUGAACUCCGCGCGGCGAAGAGUCGCCAUCUAGCCUGUACGGAAGUAUUAUUGCCUGCUGAUCUGCUGCAAAGGGUGGCGGCCGAAAUGAUUAAGGUUUCGGAGAAGGAACCCUGUGGCAUUCGGGGCUGCAGUGUAUAUAUCGAAUUUGAAGAUGAGCCUAGCAAUACACGGAGAAUCGCUUCGAUGAAGGUAGACCCAAGUACAGUGUCGACAUUCGAAUUGUAUUUAACACUGAAACAUGAUAAGAGCGGUUGGACGUCGAUAUUGCCGCAGUUCUUAAAAAAUUUGGCAAGAAGCAGUACAAUAAUGAUUAGUCCCGAGUUCACGUUAACGAAAAACAAGCUAUACCACUCGUUCUCAGAUUAAAUUCAUCGUUCCAGUGCGUGAUAUAAAAUCAUUCAUAAUUUUUCCUCAUCAUGUUCGUCAAUUGUAUUACGAGAAACAGAAAACAUCCAACCCUCCGAGCGAUUUCCGUAAAAUAUGAAACAAAAGAUAAAAAAAAACGUGCGCGAAUACUUUGAAUUUCACGUUAUUAUUUUUAUAUCAGUGUGAAAGUGUUGAAAACUCAUCAAAGCAUUAGAGUGAAGAAAAUAGUGUUGGUUCCUUUCGAAGUGAAAUCCGGGAAUCCCAGCGAGAUCUACGACAAAGGAUAUCAACUUUUCUACAUAUAUAGAAGUCAAUGAGGCAUACAAAAGUACGAUAUCAUUUCACAUACGAUAGGCACUCAACAGAGUAAACAAAAAGCUAAACUACUAUCACACACCCCCCCACAUCCAUUACAGUGGAAUCAUUUUCCCUGGUGUCCUACGCGCACCACUCCCUCGUCACAGUGUUGAAGGAUAUCAGUUUUCAUCAUCAAACCUUAUCUCACACAGCAUCCAAUUAAUAGAUUGGCAGCAGCAAGUACAUCUUGUUUUUAUUUAUACAAGCAUAUAUACAUAUAAAUAUAUAUUUCUUUAGUAUUAUGAUCAUAAACAAACAAAAAUGUAAUGUGAUACGAAAAAUCUUGUUCUUUUUUAAUAUUCAGUAGAAUAUUAAUUAAAUAUUGUUAAAGCGUUGCUAAGAAAGAAAGAUACUGAGAGCGAAAGAGAAAAACUCGCGCAAGAAUGAAGGAAGAUCCUGCCCGUCGUCCGUGUCCUUUGUAUUCCAUUUAAUUUGGAAAACAUUGAUUUAUACUCGGAAAUAGCAUGCAAGGGUAAUUCCUAAGAUAUAUUUUUCCAUUUUCGGAAAAAACAAAUUGAAACGACCACGGCUGAGAGAACUUUGAAUAUAUAUACAUUUGUAUAUCGAUAUAUAAAUCCGCAUCUUCCUUCAGAUCUGCCGAACUUUAAAUGUGCUAAUAAAAUCGAUUUGACAUCCAAUUUUGAAGAGAUACGGCGGUUAAAAAAAUAUGAUACAACAAAAAGUCAUCUGUGUUAUAUAUUUUAUAAUAUUAAAAAGUAGUUGAUAAAAAUGAAAACAAAAAAUACUAAUAUUAACGAACCUAUUUAAGUACAUGUUUUUUAUAAUUAUUAUGAUUUUCUUUUUUAUUUUUGAAAGUAAUGCGCAUUCAUUUUAGUAAUUUCGUUUAUUUUGUCGUUUGUAUUUUUUUAAGUUUGUCUGUUUUCACCCUAAUACGAAAUUAGUAAUUGAGUUUUGCUUUUAUCCAUAAAACAAUGUCAUUUGUCUUUCUCAUGAUUUAAAAGUUGAUGCAAUACUUCAUUACAUCAACUUGUAAUGAUCUCGAAUUAAUAAUAAUUUUUAGUUUUUUACGUAAAGAAUUCGUGUUUUUUUAAAGAUUUUUUUAAGAAUAAAUUUCAUUGGAUUUACUAUCUCUCUUAAUUGUCAUUGAGUUGAAAAAAGAACGCGCGGUAGCAUUUUCUGAAUAAUUUUCGGCUUCAAAACGAAGGAAAAUUGACAAAAUUUUGAACGUCUUUUGAGGAUUUUAAACACUUAUUUAUGUGUGUUUGAUAGUUUGUUCUAUUUGUUGAAAUCGCGUUUCCAUAUCGUUUUGAAAUUCGGUUCAAAUAUUAUAUACGAUGUUAGGUGUGUAAAAAAGCAUUCAAGUUCCUAUCAUUGUCAAAAUGAAAGUAAGAAGCGUUUUUAAUCCAAAUUUGCUAAGUCAUUCAAACAUUCCUGGGUGAAAAUUCCAGCAGCAAAUAGUCUUAAUCUUCUUACUGGUGCAUACCGAAACCUUGGUGGCAAAUGUGCUAUGGAACCAAGCUUACGAAGAAUUGGUAAAGCCUUGUUCAGUUCUAUCCUUCCAAAGUAUUCUUUUCAUGACAAUGUUCUUUCGAAAUAUUAACUUGAAACAAAAAAUCAAGAGGGCUGUACUGAGAUUCUACAAAUAAAAUUUAAAUAAACAAUUAUUAAAGUAAAAUCAAGCAAAAAAUAUUAACGAAGAGAAUUUUAGAUAUGUCGUCUACAUUGAAAUUUAAAAACAGAUAAAAAAUCAAGAUUUCGAUGGUUUUCACCAUUGUUGGUGGUGAGAAUUGAAACAACCUAAAGUAUAUAUUCGUAGAUUGAAUGUGGUAUAUAUUUUUCAAAUAUUCUUAAAUUACAAAUCGAGGUAGUAGGAUCGUUUUAAAUUAUAAUAAAUAGUACAACAAAUAUGUGUAACUCAUAUUCGGUAUUCUUCAUCGUAAAACGUGAAACAAUUGAAACGAUAAUAAGCUUCGGUAUUUACUGCAUAAAGUCGUCUUAACCUUGAAUGUUUACUAGAAAUGGAAAAUACAGCUAUUUCAGUUACAGUGUCGCACUUCGCUUCAGAGAUCAUAGCAUACCAAUAGAAUAGAACGGAAUUUAUACAGCCAGAAACACACAUAAAUAUCUAACUACCCCCUAUCAAGGAUCUAUCCUUUACAAGAAACUAAAAAAACUAACUUGCUUGACUGAAAAAAAAAAACAAAACUUCGAACCAAUAAACCAAUGAAAAUCACAAAUAUUCAUUGAAAACUUAAUCACGAAAAUCAAUUGUUCUACAUACAACAUAUAUAUGUAGUGGUAGAUUACAACAAAACAAAGUCUUUUUAAAAUUUUCUAUUAUCUCAAUAUUAAAAACAAGAACGCGUUUUAUAAAUUUAUGGUAAAAACAAAAACAAACGAAGAAAAUGUUAUGCAGAAACAAAAUAAUCAAUACAAAACCCUUUAUGAAAUAUAAUAGAGUAUAUUACAAAAUAAUUUUGCAACAAACAAGAAAAAAAAAAUCAGUCAUAAAAUGUGAUGUAGAUUGUAGUAUUUAUUAAUAAAAACCAACAAAGAAGUAAAUUUAA